AUGUCGAGUCGCGAGGCGAGCAAGAAAGCAGCCAAAGAGCUGCUGGCGCUAUGCGUCAAGGAGGGCGUCAAGGUCCCGACGAAUCCCGUGAAUGCCGCCGUCGAAGCAGGCACGAUGCUCAAUGCCACGCGCGAAGACGGCGAGUUCCAACUGGAUGCAGCUCUCAAGGAGAUGAUAAAAAAAUUCGGCGUGAAAGAGCCCACCUCCCCCAAGAAGAAGAAGGGCAAGACAGACGUUAAGACCGAAAAAAAGACUGGUCGUAAGCGCAAAAACGCCGAAGUCAAGGACGAGGACGAGGAGAGCGCCGACGACAACGAAAAGAAGACCAAGAAACCCCGCAAGAAAGCCGAGGCUACGUGUGAAGACAACCAGGAACUAGCUGACGCCUUUGCUGAGCUUUCAGGCUUCGAGUUCAAGCGUGGCGAGAAGUUCAAAGGUGGCACAUGGUCCAAAGUGGCCAAGGCCAUUCGUGAGUGCGAGUCGAAGCUCACAUGUGGCAAGGACGCGCUUAAACUCAAGGGUGUCGGCAAGUCAUCAGCUGCAAAGAUAGACGAGUUCCUCGAGACGGGUACACUGGAGAAGCUCGAGGAGUAUCGCGCCGGUAACAUGUAA